CGUUGCUGGAAAGCAUCCUCUGUUAGUACAUAAUUAAUCCCCAGAUCCAAAAUUCCCAUAUUGUAACUACGUUUUAUUUUCUGUUGGUAUCCUUGCAUGCUCAGGAAGUCGGAAUUUCAUAGCUCGCUUGUCUUUUCGCUUAAAAUCGUGUUGCUCAGAGGACACAAUGCCUCGGUAUUCCCAUGAACCAGUUAAUGCGACCAAGUCGUGUAAAGCACGCGGCUCCAAUCUCCGCGUGCAUUUUAAGAACACUCAUGAGACAGCACGUGCUAUUAAGAAUAUGACUCUGCGGAGGGCGCAGAAAUAUCUGAAGAAUGUCAUGGAACAUAAAGAAUGUGUGCCCUUCCGUAGAUUCAAUGGUGGUGUUGGAAGAUGUGCCCAAGCCAAACAAUUUGGCACUACGCAAGGUCGUUGGCCAAAGAAAAGUGCGGACUUCCUUCUCCAAUUAUUGAGAAACGCGGAGAGUAACGCCGAUUACAGGGGCCUUGAUGUAGAUCGUCUUGUAAUCGAUCAUAUCCAGGUGAAUCAUGCACCUUGCCUUCGUAGAAGGACGUAUAGAGCACAUGGUCGCAUAAAUCCGUACAUGAGCUCACCUUGCCACAUUGAGGUGAUCCUGACAGAGAAGGAAGAUGUUGUCGCGAAAGCCACGGAGGAGGAACCAUCGAAAAAGAAACUUAGCAAAAAGAAGCUUGCUCGACAAAAGGAAAAGAUGCUGAGAGAAUAAUUUCGUAUUUUAUAUGAACAUGUUAAGUGCACUGGAAAAAUGAAGAUCAACAUAUAUGUGCUAA